UUGGGGUUUUGUAAUACUUACCACUAAAGAAAAAUGGGGUUAAGAAAUUCUUGUUUUUGUGCAUUAUUGUUCUACAUGAUGUAUAUGCCAAACUAUUUACAUGCUAUGACAGUGCCUGAAAUUAGAGACUUGAAAGCUAAACACCGGCUUUCGAGUUUGUUAGUGUUUGGGGAUUCUAGUGUUGAUCCUGGCAACAACAACCGCAUCGCAACCACGAUGAAGAGCAAUUUCCUACCUUAUGGGAUGGACUUCAUUGGUAGCCGCCCUACAGGGAGGUUCUCUAAUGGAAAACUUGGAACUGAUUUUGUUGCUGAAGCACUAGGUUUAGCUGUUGCAAUACCGGCCUUUUUAGACCCGAAUACAACAAAAGUGGAUCUACUGCAUGCUGUUAGUUUUGCUUCUGCUGGAUCUGGUUAUGAUGAUCUCACUGCCAAUCUCACUAGUAGCAUAUCAUUGGGAAGACAAGUGAAUUACUUCAGGCAUUAUAAGAUACACCUAAGACAGUUUGUGGGAUUCAAAAGAGCAGAUGAAAUUGUAAGGAAGGCUGGAAUAAUCAUGAGCAUGGGGACCAACGACUACCUACAAAAUUACUUUUUGGAGCCCACUCGGCCUAAGCAAUUUACAUUGGAUAAGUACCAGGACUACUUGGUCUCUUGUAUGCGCCUUGCCAUUAAGGAUAUGCACAAAAUUGGUGCAAGAAGACUGGCCGUUGUUGGUGUACCCCCUAUAGGCUGCAUGCCUAUUAUGAUGUCAAUUUUAGGCGAUGGAGUAGGUUGCGUUGACAAAGUUAACAAAGCAGUCUUAUCCCUGAACUCCAAAAUUGCGAAAGAAUUGAAGGCUGUUGAGACUCAAUUGAAGAUGAAAACAAAAUUCGUAGAUGCUUAUGGAAUCAUAAAGGGAGCAAUAGAUGACCCAAAGAAAUAUGGUUUUAGUGAGACUACAAAAGGAUGCUGUGGUUCAGGAAUAUUUGAACUAGGUGACACAUGCAAGAGUUCAAAUGUAUGCAAGGAUCGAGAUAGUUAUGUUUUCUGGGAUGCGGUUCAUCCCUCUCAAAAGAUGUACAAUAUCCUAGCUGAUGAGAUCUUGAAGUCGAUACCAUAUAGCUUUUUUAGUUAACGUAAUUAAAGGUUGAUGUAAUGUGAGAAUCAAAUAACUGAUUUCAGAGAGCAUAUAUACACCAUAUGGAGUAAGGUGAAUCGAUGGCUCUGUGUUUUGAGCAAUACAAUAAUUUGAAAAGAAAUUUUUA